AUGGGAGGGGAUCAAAAACUUUCCAAUGUUGAUAGGGAUAUAGAGGAACUGCUCAACAUACUUAGCUCAUUGUGUGAGGAACAUGGAACGACCAUUCCAAAGUUAAACAGGUCACUGGAGAUUCUGAAGACGAUUAAGGAGGAAGUAAAAGAUCUUCAGGUGUCUUCAGAUCAGGAUACUAUAUCCACAUUGGAUCUAAAAGACUUAGAUGUACCUUGGAAAAAGAUCGGGGCAGGAAAUUUUGGAAGCGUAUUCAAAACAACCUGGAAAAGUUCCGCAACUGUGGCUAUAAAAGUUUUAAAAGAGCAAGCAAAACAUCAGGCUCGUGAAUCCAAGCUUCUGCGAUAUCUAAGCCAUGAAAAUAUUAUAGCUUAUAGAGGGAUGGGAUAUAUCCAGUCAAAGGAGGAAUUGAAGCGCAUAUUGGGCGUCAAGGACGAUGGCGAGGUAUUUCAGACACCGUGUAUGUUUUUUGUUAUGGAAUUCAUUCCUACAAAUCUAUAUCGAUACAUCGUUCAACUAGAGAGCCACGAGAGACAGGGUCUUUCACUUGGAAAGGCAUGGGAUAUUGGAAAGCAAAUCGCCAGCGCACUAAGUUACUUGCAUUCGGAAGGAAUUGUGCAUAGGGACUUGAAGCCAGACAACAUCUUGAUUCAGGGAUAUGUGAACAAAUUCAUUAUCAAAAUCGCAGACUUCGGUUUGGCGUGGAAGAAUGAUCAGAUUGACAAACAACAAACAAGAUACGGUUCGGUGAUGUCUAGCAGCAACACAAUGUCCGAAAUAAGUGAAUACAUAAACAUAAGAUGGGGACCUCCAGAAUUCCGGUCCUCUUCGGAAAGCAGUAAAAGUCAUACCAUUAUCGACUACCAGAAGGGCGAUAUUUACUGUUUUGGCUUAAUCAUGUUGUUCACAAUAUCUGGCUUAAAACCUUUAGCGGAACUUUCAUCUUCUAGCAUACAGGAUGAAAUAGACCUUCCAUCAGCAUCCAUUCCGACGAAUUAUAUCACGAAUUCUAAAGACAUUGUCGGAAAAUGUAUUAUAGAAUGCACGAAUGAGAUACCUGAGGUAAGACCCACUGCUGAAGAUGUGAUUCAAAAAUAUUAUAGAGGGAAGAACCCGUACCUUUCAGAAGCAGAUGAAGGAGAGUUAUUUUCCUGUGGAUUUAUGGAUAAGACUGACAUAUUCGUCGCGGACUCUUGCACAGAUGAAGACGCUACUCAGACUGGCUAUUUUGAAUCGGAAUUUCGACCAACUGGAUACCAACACGAGGACUUGAAUUGUCCAAUCCAAGUGGAGUCCAGGCCUUGCAGGGAGAGAUAUGAAAAUUGGGACAAAGAAGAAGACUAUACCGCAAAUUACCAAGAAUUCAACAAGCAGGCAAAAGCUAAAAUAAUCGACAACAAUCCAACCGUAGCAUUAAAACGUCUAGUUUUGGCCCGUCCUGGCGAAGACGAAUGUCAAAGGGUCGAAAUGUUUUUUAAGCAGUCAGAGUACGUUCAUCACAGAGCUAUGAGAAAAAUCUGGAUGAGCCUUAGCGAUCAACAAAAGCGAGAUGCCAUUCCAAAUAAAGGAGAUGUGAAUCCUUAUUUCAGCAAUACAUUUGGACUACAUGUAGCCAUUCUGACAAAUGAAGGUCCAGGAAAACCCCAAUUCUUCGUUUUUCCCCAGCGUGCAAAACGUGAAGGAAUGUCAGCCCCAGGAGCUUUUACAUGUGGAGCGGUUGAGAGCGCAUCGACCCCGGAUAUUCAAGGAGAGGGAAAUUCAAGAACAGUAAAUCUUGUCAAUACGGCAAUUCGUGGUCUACGUGAAGAACUUGGUCUUGAAUUAACUGACUCCGACGCAGAAGCAGUCUGUUUGACCACGAUAUAUCUGAAAACCGAUACCCAUGAAUGGGGACUUUGCGGAUUUGUUGAUCUUACAGAUAACAGAAUUAAGCCUGAACAUCGAAUCAGUGCAGAUAAUUUAAAAGAUCGUUUCUCUAGUGGUCCCAAAGACAAAUUUGAGCACCAGACAUUAACCUUUGUUAAGUUUACGUUAGAAGACAUGGUGGAUUUUGUCUUUGAAAAUCAUGAUAACUUUGCUAGUUCCGCUAAACUAGUCGUUGUGAAGGUGCUGCAAGCAUUUUUUGGAUGGUCUAGGGUACAGAGAGAGUUUGAAUCUCGAAAGGUUACCUCAGAAAAAUAAGAAAUAUAUAUAGACAAUUUAUAUUAAUGGAACAUAAAUACAUUGUAGUCUUUAGUGUGACAGUAGAUUCAAAUACACUAGACAAAAUUGCUAACGCACCACCAAAGAAAAUUAAUAUUUUACUUUUCAAAACUUGUUUAAUGUGAUGUAUAUGAAUUUAUCAUAUACUUAUUAGUAAAUACACCGAUUCUGCACUGCGCGGUACGGUUGACGUCACAAUACCCCAUAUCAAGGACCAGUCCGAAAAUCCAUAUCACGUAUCGGACCGGCGGGCAGAAAUCCGUAUCAAACCGGAAGUAACGUUUGUAUAAAGUUUAAAAGUUAAUCAACUUGAUUUUAUUUAAAUAUACAUGUGAAAUAAUUCUUUACUAACAUUUAUGUGGACUUAAUUUGUUUCAGAGACAUAAAAUUGGCUC